CCUGGUGACUACUGCAGCUAAUAAACAGAAACUCUUCGCCGGUCAUUUGUUCCCAGAGCUCAGUUCUCUCAUCCUUCGCUGAAAGGCUCCAGCACAGAGGAAGAAAUGGACGAGAUAAAGACCGAGCCUGUGGAUUUUGUGCAGGACUUUCAAGAAUACCUGACUCAGCAAACCCAGAACGUCAACAUGAUCUCAGGCUCCGUGUGUGAAGACAAGGAGUCGCUGAAAGGCUCCAGCACAAAGGAAGAAAUGGACGAGAUAAAGACAGAGCCUGUGGGUUUUGUGCAGGACUUUCAAGAAUACCUGACACAACAAACCCAGAACGUCAACAUGAUCUCAGGCUCCGUGUCUGGAGAGAAGGAGUCCCUGGAGCCGUUUCAAGCCGCUGCACCCAGAAGUGAGCAGAAUGGCCUGGACCCUCCGUCUGUGGAGGUGACCCUGGCGAUGGAGGAUGGGUCCGAUGUGCAGAUGGACGGCCUGGAGAGGACCUGUGAUGGCAAAUACAAGUCUAUGGGUUUAAGUCAUACAACGAAUAACGUAGACUAUUUGUUGAAGGUGCGAUUUAGUAGAUUGCCGUUGGAAGAAAAAUUAGAAAUCAAACGUUUGGGGCCACACAGACCACAAGACUUGGUCCUUCUGCAGCCUAGUGGGAAAAUGACUCGAACUUUCAAGAGGGAGUGGUUUGAAAGAAAGACAUGGCUAACUGCUAGCACAACAAAACGAGCACUGUUCUGUUUCCCAUGCCUUCUUUUUGGAGAUGCUAGUUUUAUAGACUCAGUUUGGGCAACGGAUGGAUACAAAGACCUGAAGCAUCUGACAGAAAGAACAGCGAAACACGAAAGCAGUAAAAGCCAUAUCAACUGCGCCAUAAAAUUGGGACUAUUGGGAUCGGUCAACAGAGUGGCACAGCAAGAUAGUCUUUAUCAGCAGAACAUUUUAGAGCACAAACAGACGGAGGAGAAUCGUUAUGUACUGGGGAGGCUGAUAUCGUGCCUAAAGCUCUGUGGGAAGUGCGAACUGGGUCUGGUCUGUCACGACGAGUCAGCCGACUCAGUAAACCCAGGCAUGUUUAGGUGCAUUUUUGAGAUGAUGUGCGAGGGCGACACCAGGCUGAAAAGACACUACGAUUCGGAGCCUAUGUUCAAGGGGACAUCUAGCACCAUUCAGAACGAACUCCUGGAUUGCAUGUAUGAGGUCUACAGGUGUGAGUUGGCCAAACAAUUGCUGAACACCCGGUUUGUAGCUGUGCAGGUGGAUGAGAUCACUGAUAACGCAUGCAAAUCCCAAAUGGUCAUAGUCUUGAGAUACAUGGUGGACAACAGUGUCACAGAGCGGUUUCUUGAGUUCAUUGAAGUGAAGAAUAAAACUGCCACUGGCCUUUCUACUGCUAUCAAACAUGCCCUUGAGCCAAUGAGACUGACUGAAAAACUCGUAGCCCAAACCUAUGAUGGUACAGCGGUUAUUCGUGGCAGUGCAGGCGGCGUGCAAAAACUUAUGAAGCAAAGCUACCUAAAAGCAAUAUUUGUGCAUUGCUACGCACACCAGCUAAACCUAACUCUGCAGCAAGCAUGUGCAUCCAGAAUCAGUGAGCUGAAGGUGUUCUUUGCUGAUCUGGCUGGUUUUGCCACCUUCUUCUCCACCUCACCGAAUAGAACGGCUGCUCUGGCGCAGACAUCAGACAAGCGGAUCCCGCGGCCACCCGGCACACGAUUGAAUUUUGAAAGCAAGACCGUGAAUGUGGUAUGGGAAAGACAGGAAGAUAUACUGGAGUGUCUGGAUAACAUUCGCACUCAUCCAGGAUGGGACAAGGAGUCCAUCAGCGAGGCAUACGGCCUCUCCAUGCACCUGCGGGACCGCACGUUUCUCCAAUUGCUGGAGUUCUUUGCCAAAGUUAUGCCAGAAGUGGAUGUUUUGGAUUGCAUACUACAGCAAAGACAGAUCGACGCAUCUGAGGUGACUCGUGCAGUGGAGAAUUUCAAAGUGCAAGUGAAAGAAAUCAGAGAUAGAGCAGAUGAGAUUGGUAACCAAGACAGUAAGGAGCCGGGCACAGCAAAGCGCAGGCAAACAAAUACGCCUGCCGUGAUGAAGGAGGCCUGUGAUACCAUGAUUGCGCAAGUGGAGGACCGGUUCUCCAAUAUUGACCAUCUUUUGGCUGCACAGCUGGUGGACUGCUCACUGUUCCCAAAGUUUGUGAAGUCAUUCCCGGAGGCCCAACUCGCCUGUGCUAUCAAGCUCUGGCCCAGAGCUCUCAUGAACGAGGGGAAGCUGCAACAUGAGCUUGCUCUUCUAUACGGACAACCUGCGCUGCACACAGGAAAAUCAGCACUGUUGCUGUUCCAGGCCAUUCGGGAAAGCCACCUACAAGAUGUCCUGUCUGAAACCUGCACUCUGCUCAGGAUCAUCAUCACAACCCCCAUGACGUCUGCGGAGCCUGAGAGGAACCUGUCAACGUUGAAAAGGAUUAAGACGUUCACAAGAAACACGAUGGGACAUAAGAGACUGAAUGCCCUCUCCAUGCUUUCUAUUGAAAACGAGUAUGUUCAUGGACUGGUGGAUUUUAACAGCAAAGUCAUCGUGAGGUUUGCUCAAGCAAAGAACCGCCGCGCCAACUUCCUUUUUAAGUGAUCGGCAUUGGAGAAAAGCCACACCGCUGCCAGCUGUGCCCAUUCGCCUCAGCAUAUGAGCGCCAUUUGGAAGCCCACAUGUGUUCGCACACAGGAGAGAAGCCGUACAAUCACCUCCUAAAGAAGAAGAAUCUCCCACCUCAGGCCGCGGCAGUUGUAGUCCUGUUCCUGGCCUCGGU